GAUUCCUUUGUGUCGCUGAACGGCAGAGCUUCUCAGCGCUUGACAGGGCUAAUAUAGGUGCUGAAAUAUUGAUAGGCCUUGGCAGGGGGCUGGGCUGAUUGGUGUUUAAUAUUUAAUUAAUCCACAAUAACUGAACACAUUUAUUUCAGAGAUUGACAGGCUGGGGAUAUUUCAGCUGCACUGUGUGUUGAAAGCUGCUACAUUACUCCACCUGUCAGGUUUUAAAUAUCUCUGUUUAGUCUAGACAUGUGUGUGAUCUAGAUGAGGCUAUUGGCUGUUCAUGUAUGUGUAUUAUACAUUGUUCUACCUGUACCCCUGCGUGUGUGUUUUCUCUUUGGGUGUGCAUGAUAAAUCAUCCGAGCUGCUCAAAUUGAGGAAGUUUUGGGCCGUGUCAGGGCGAUUGUCAGUUUCCUGUGUGACUGACUGAGCAAAGGAGGAAGUGAUUUAACGGAAGGGGAGCACUUCCUUUAAACGCCCCCACGUCUUCCUCGUCUGAUCGCUGUCACAAGAAAAUACGUUUGAAGACAACACCAGAGUGACAAAAACGGCCAAUACCUGAUGAUAGCUCCUCUCAUGCUGACUGAGGAUGGAAGAUACAGAGUACGGGGUUCAGAUCGGAGAGAACAAGUUCAUCAGGAAGGCAACAGUCCUCUCGCAUCUGAAGACGUAUAACCUCUACUAUGAAGGACAAAAUCUGCAGCUCCGACACAGAGAGGAAGAGGGUGAGCUGAUCGUUGAGGGCUUGCUGAAUAUCUUUUGGGGCCUGCGGCGACCAAUCAGGCUUCAGAUGCAGGACGACCACGAGCGGAUCCGGCCGCCCCCCUCCUCCACGUCCUGGCACUCGGGUUGCAACCUGGACAGUCAGGGUUCCCCCAGCAGCACAGACGGUCAAGACACGACGCAGCAGAGCCCGCCCACAGUGGAGGUGACGGCACCCGACAGCCAACCAGAGAACGGCGGGGAGAUGGAGGAAGAGGCAGAAGAGGACUGUGAGAGCUCGGCUCAGCUCCUCAGGACGAAGAGCGAUGCCGGCGUCUUAAGAAGAGGGCAGCGACGCUCACCGAGCGACCAGAGGAAGAUUCGACGCCAUCGCUUCUCCAUCAACGGACACUUCUACAACCACAAGACUUCAGUGUUCACUCCUUCUUUCGGCUCGGUGACUAAUGUCCGGAUCAACAGCUGCAUGAGGACGCCUCAGGUGCUGCGAGUCCUCCUCAACAAGUUCAAAAUAGAAAACAGCCCAGAUGAUUUUGCGCUCUACCUGGUCCAUACAAGCGGAGAGCGUGUGAAGCUGAAGCGCACUGACCACCCUCUGGUGCUCAGAGUGAUGCAGGGGCCCUGUGAGCAGGUCUGCAAGGUGUUCCUCAUGGAGGCCGACCUCGGGGAAGAAGUCACCUAUGAUGUGGCGCAGUAUAUCAAAUUUGAAAUGCCGGUCCUGCAGAGUUUCAUCACUAAACUGAAGGAGGAGGAGGACAGAGAAGUGCAGAAACUCAGGAGAAGGUAUACAUACCUGCGGUGUAUUAUUGAGAAGCAGCUGGGUUGUCUUCCAGAGGGGUCGACGUGUAUGUGAGCUGCUCUUCUAACUGUCAAAGGAUCACACCCCCCACCCCCACAUCUGUGAUAAGAUGACAACAAGUAUCUGUCUCACUGAUAACCCUGCUCCUCCCGAACUCCUGCCCCUGCAUGGACUCCUGUUUUCUCUAGGUCCUCCAAUCCAUCACCCUACAGACAAACCUGUAACAUGCUUUAUUACUGUGCAUGUGGAGUGGGACCAUCUCAGCAAUAUGCUUCUUUUUUAUUUGUCCUCACACACAGAAAGACAUCCCUCUACUCCUGAGUCAUUUCAACCUUUCUUCAGUGCUGUCUUUGGCUAACUGAGACACCCGUCUUCUGUUUACCCUUCAGAUUGUAAGCACAAACAUCAUGUGAUUUGGCAUUAAUGAAGUGCCUGUAAAUAUCAUUCUUGAAGCACAAAGAUACAAACAAAAGGUGUUGAAAUAAAGUCCCUGUAGUGGUUUCAGUUGUAACUGGCACAGCAUCCGACCGCAGAGUGUCUGUGGACGUGAAGCGAGUAGCUGCGUGCCUUUCAUGCUCCUCGCUGUUGAGAACAUGUUCAUCUUGUGAUUGGAAGAAUUGAACCGACCCUGAGCUGAGGAGUUCACUGCGGGGAUUACUGAAGGUCGAGUCAACACAUAAUCUGUUUCUGUUGUGACCGUCAGUCUGUUGUUCAAACUGAAUGUUUACCAUAUUUUAUGAUUGAGGUCAAAGGAGUAGUUUGGCUUUUUGCCAAAUGCUCUCUUGAGUAGAGUUGAAUGUUUCUUGUAUAUUUGUAUAACGACAGCUGGUUAGCUUAGCAUUCCAUGAAGACUGGAAACAGCUAUCCUGGCUCUGUCUGAAGGAAAGAAACCCAGCACAGCUCCAGCUCUAUAUAACUGGUCAAUAGUAAAUUCUGUGCAGAAGCAGAAUUCCAUUCUGUGUUGUGAGAAAUUUGAGGACCCAAAUUCAAACAAAUGAAGCAUAGUAAUAAUUAUUUAAGGUAAGAAUAAAAACGGGCGGGAAUCCUCUUGAUCACUGAAGGGACAUCGUGUGGCCGCACUGGGCGUCUCCCAGAUGGAAAUCCUGAAGACCUCUAUUCUCUAACGCACUCUUGGAGUAUUCAUUCUGCCGUUUCCCCUCUAGAUGCCACUAAAUCUCACUCACUGCCCCUUUAAAAAGAAAAGUGUGGCCCCUGUCUGAUUUCUGGCCUCUAGUUCUCACUAGCGAUCCUGCCUUAUGAAAGAUGACGAGAAGAUGUCAUCAAAAAAGUACAGUAAAACACGUUUCCAUCGAAGAACAACUUCCAGCAUCGUCCUUCACACAAUGACUCCAGGACAGGGUCGGACGGACAGACUGCACAAAAGAAUAGUCAUGGACGUCAUCUUCUGUCUUUUUUUUACAUCCAACACCAUGAAUUCUACAAGACUGUGAAUUAUGCCGAUGAUCAUGUUUGUUGGACGAAUGUUUUGCCUCCAUAUGUACAGCGCUUUGCUUCCGUCUGCCUCAUAGCUCUUAUCAGCAUUGUUGAAAAUCUUGCCGUACAUUGCAUUCAAGAGAGUGUGAGUGUGUGUGUCAGUGCGUGUGUGCGAUUCUGAGCGUGCAUGUUAUAUUUUUAGUGACUCUGAAGACUUGCCUGCUUUUGUAUUGUGUCUUUUUACAAAACAAUGAUCUGUAAAAUGAUGAGAACUCAUGCCACUACUUGGAAAAUGUAGUGUUGUUUCGUACAAUGAUUGUUAUUUAACAAAUAAAGAGGUUUUCUUGAGAAA